AUGAAUUUCUUGAAAAGAAACGCUACAAAUAUCUGUAAAGGAAAAGUCUUGGGAAAGCACCUGAACACCUCUGUGCAGGAGCUAACCAACCUGAAUAAGAGAAAGUUUUCCAACAUAAUAAAUCUUGGAAAAUAUGGGCAAAGGUACCAAGCCACCCAUUCCGGUUCUAUUAUUGGAGCAAAAAGAUUUGCUUCAGGUGAAGCGCAGAAACUGUCCGAAGUUGUAAAAGCAGAAGUGCAACAUGAGAAGUCGAAUUAUGAGGCACCAGAUAAUAUUAAGAAGUUUUUGCAGACCUCAGGAUGGAAAUUUGAGGAACAGGAAGGAGAUGUUAACAUGGUGUUAACCAAAAAUGUGGAUGGAAUGAAAAUUAUUAUCGAUUUUCAACUUGUAUCCCCAUUUCAAGCCGAAGGAGAAAAUGAAGCGCAAGCAGAAAUGACUGACUUUUCUGUCACCGUUGAAAAGCCAAACAAACAAGGAGGCAUUACCUUUUAUUGUACCACCUUACAGAAUGAUGAGAAAUUCAGAUAUAUGAUUGGAAAUGUUAAGUAUUAUAAAAAUGAAGAAGGAAAAAAUUCCGUUUCAGCUUAUAAUGGACCUGAAUUUGAAGACCUCGAUGACUCCUUACAAACUUCGCUCGACGAAUGGUUGGCGAACUUAGGAGUAGACUCCGAGUUGUGUGAUUUUAUCGAUUCCUGUAGCAUUGACAAAGAGCAAAGAGAAUACAUGUCAUGGUUACAGAACAUUUCGAACUUUAUCGAAUCUUAA